GUACAUAAUUUUCUUUCUCUUAUGUGCGGGCUAAUUGUGUAUAGCAAUAUUUUGGUUUCUCUGGUUUACACAUCACGCUGAAUUAUAACAACUGAUGUCAUACGAAUACGUAAUAAAAACACAAAGUGCUGUUAUAAAAGCUUCAUUAGACAACGUUUCGCCUCUACAAGUGCUGAAGAAGGUCGACUAGUGUGGAUCGCAUCCUGGGACAAAAUUGACCUAAUUUGCCCGAAAUACUCAGCAUAACAAGCGGCUUACUAUAUAGUAAUAUGUUAUUGAUGUCAGCUAGGACUGUAUACCUUGUACAUGUACUUGUAGAAAUAAAGAUAUUAUAUUAUAUUAAUGGACAGGCGGAACGUUUUCUAAAUAAAGCCUCAUGGAACUACAAUAAAUAUCUUCAUUGCAUACUAGCAUCCCAUCUACUAUUUUUCCUGAAAGCAGUAGUGACUCUUGCUGACUUGAACUCAACAGUCUCGGUACUGAAGGUGAUGGCUACAUUAAAUCCAUGAACUACGAGUACUUUCAGUUCAGAGGAACCAUCUAUUAGGAACUGGUGGGAAUGUUAUCAUGUACGGUGGUCGGUAUGAGUACAUCAGACACACCUGACAGCUGGAAAUUAUUUGGAGUGACACCAACAAUACUGUGUCAGGUUUUAAAAUAAAUGGAAUCUUUAGUAAAGUUGUUUGACGCACAUGGCAGUUUACUAACCAAUAAAGACGCAGCAGUACUACUAACAACUGCGGACUAACGUUGUCUGCAUAUAUUACAUUCAGCUUGAUCAGUGUUCCAGAGGGAAGUGUAAAAGUUCAGUUCAUAAUUAUUCACCUUUCAUGCAGUGGGCGGAGCGUCAUGGAGGGUGGGGAGGAGCCGACAAUAACUGUUAUUGUAGAAUAUUGAGGUGCCAGGCCUACUACCACACAGCAGUGUGCAAGAGUAGGGUCUUCUCCUUCCUUGCUUACUACUAUCCUGCUAGACCUCACCUACGCUGCCAGGAGCAACCUGUGAGACUAAACUUCCAGUCAACCCCACAGUGAUGAAACAGGUGUUUCUAGUGAUAGUAAUAAUGUAUGUGUUAGAGACGAGAGGAGCACUGAGUGAGGCUUCAGAGUUGUCCAGGAAGAUGACUGUAAGUGAGAGGUGGCUGAAACAGCUCCUGGCUGCCAUCUUUCAACCUCACUCUCGCCAGAAGCGCGUCAUUGGUCUUCCUCUGGAUUCUUUUCAUGAGGUGGAGUGGUCGCUAAACUUCCCCUUCGACACCUUCACCUUCUACAGGUCCAAGUUAAGGCUCGCCAUCCUCAUUCACUCGCCCUUCCCGGUCGGUAUCACGGUCAAACGCCGAAAGCGGUUUGCAAACGUUACCCUUGACGACAUUCAGUUCUUGGACGACCCAUUCGACAUCACUCGACCCCUCGCUCACUGGCACCCGGCCGAGCAUGGCGACCCUGUACAGUGGCACUCGAAGUCGAUGCGUGCCGCCCGACAGGAGCGAGCGUCCCUCUAUAAACAUCUGGAGGACCUCUUUCGAAAGGCAGGGAUGGAUGGCCACAAUUGUCUUUUGAGGAUGAUCUGUGAGGUAGCAGACGCUCCCUUCGACCAGGGACUCACUGGAGAGAUGAUCAACAGAUUACUUACAGCGUCUGUGGCAGGGCAACCGGACUCUACUGUCGAGGGAACUGAGUACGAGGUCUUCCUGGAGGCUGAGUUACAUGGUAAACUGACCAGCAGAUGUGAGGAACGCUACCACCAGUGUCACACCUCACCCUUCGACCUUAUCCCUUACGUGAACCACACCCUCAUUUAAUUCUCAAACCCAUUAGAUGGGACGGCGUUUGCCUAGGACAUCAUCUAGUAAGGGCGGCGUCUCCAGUGGACAUCUUUGAGAACAUUAUUUGCAAGAGAUAUCGUCAAGCAAAGACAUUUUCUAACAGGGUAUCUGCUAGUGACAUAGCGUUGAACUGACAUUCUCCAAAAGGAAUACAUUUUGGCAAGGAAAAGAAGCCGUUUGGUUGUGACAUCACCGAAAAAAAUUGUCUGGCAAUUAUAUAGUUAUUUGCUAAUAACAUUGUUUUCUUGUCAACAUUCACUAAUGACAUAAACAGAGAACAACACUUGUUAGUAUCUUCGUUGUCUGAUAACUUUGUAUCCUCAUCGCCGCCCUCGUGAAGAGCCCGUGUCUGGAACCAUCAUGUGGCAGCCGCAUUGUUUUGUAUCAGUAAACUUAAGUAAGUUUAUUCAGGUACAGGUACACAUAAAUACAAUUACAUAAAUUAUCAUAUGUAACAGCAUAUCUGUAGAUUACCUAGGUUAACCCAGAAAAAAGUCACUGGCUUAUUUCCUUUGGGUCCUUGUUAUAACUCAUUAUUUAGACCUUAAAAGUUAUAACAUGUAAGUAACUUAACUAUGUGAAAAGCAGUUACAAUAAAAGGAGAUAUACUAAGAAUAAGGUAAACUGAGUUAUUUACAUUAACAUUCAAGAGAGGAUCCGAUCACAGAAAUAGGUACAUGUAUGUUAGCUAUACAAGUAAUCACUCUCCUCCCUUUCUGUAGCUUCAUUUAUUUAUUUAUUU